UGAUGAUUAGUUGCAGCGAGCGAGAAACCCCUGGCCCAGCAACUCCGAGGUGUCUUCGCCUUCUUUCGUCCCCAAAAAAAGGAAACUCGAGGCGGCUUCAUACAUCUCCAUCCUCGGUGCCGCCGCCAUCGGAGGUCGAAGAUUAGCACGCAGCGGGGACUCCGUCACGAUCGACGUCAUGGAUGCAUGUGCUAAGACGGUCUCUACGUGCACUCCAAGAGAGACGGCUCUAGGCACACGUGUGUUUAAUAUCCUGGAUUACAGCAAGCUCAGGGGCAUGGGCAACGACUCCGACAGUUACAUACGGUCCGGGAUUUUCGAUGUCGGCGGCCACGAAUGGGCCAUCCGCUUCUACCCUGAUGGGUAUGGAAUUAAUAGCAAAGAUUACAUCUCAGUUUAUCUGGAGCUUUUGAGCUGCAACACUAAAGUUCGAGCGUCCUGUAACCUGAGGCUGGUCGAUCAGUGCACCAGAUUGCGGUCUUCGGUGCAUAAAACAGGGCCUAAGAUUUUCAGUUACGACGACUUCAAUUCGUUUGCUCCACGGAUUCCUUAUUUCAAAAGGCGAAGCGAGAUCGAGGGAUCCCCGUACCUUAAGGAUGACCGCCUGAUGAUUGAGUGUGUCGUCACUGUUUUCAAGAAGUCACAAAUCACCAAAACCAAACAGUUCCCCAUGAUCGACAUGCCACCGUCUGACAUGAUCGAGCAUGUUGGCAGGCUGCUGGAAGAGAAGGAGGGCUUUGAUGUAAGCUUCAUUGUUGGAGGAGAGACCAUUGAAGCGCAUAGGUUCGUCCUAGCAAUGCGUUCGCCUGUUCUUAGAGACCUUGCUUGCAUUCAGAGCCAUGACCUCAAGUCAUGGAUUUUGACUCUUCUUGAAUAA